GCGGGGGCCUUCACGCGCAUGCGUACGGUGCCUACGUUAGCGCUGGGCUGCCUGGCCGCCGGACAAGGUGACCGGCUUAGCGGACAGAGCUGCGAUGCUGACCAGGUUCCUGGGCCCGCGCUAUCGGGAGUUGGCCAAGAACUGGACCCCAACAGCCACUGUGUGGGGCGCUGUGGGCGCCGUGGGGCUGGUGUGGGCCACAGACUGGCGGCUGAUCCUGGACUGGGUACCUUACAUCAACGGCAAGUUUAAGAAGGAUGAUUAGUCAGCUGCUCCUUUCGGAACCCUCUGGUGUCUGGUGGUGCCACAUGUUCCCACCACAGCGCUCCUGUGUGCAGAAAGCCCCGAGGAUGGACACCAAGGACACUGAACAGUUUUGAUAUUUUAAUGCACAGAACAUUAAACCUUACUCUCAAACC